UCCGGCCAGACCAGAAGCUGACCACGAUGGUCAAGUCAUAUAUCCCCCUUCUUUGUUUGGCAUUUCAUGUCGCUUUCGUGCUUUCAGUUGACGUAGAGAAGUUGGCUAAGGAUCUAGCCAUCACAUAUGACGUAGACCGUCACAACCCGCCAAGUCCGGUGUAUGGAAACUCUUUCCUGGCAAACAUUUCCAUAGCUAACUUCGGGACAAGUCCUAUCCCAGCGUCUGGAUGGAGCAUAUUUUUCUGUCACAACCCACUGAUCCAGCCUCUGUAUUACAACACGACCAACGCACAGUACUUCGGAGGGGGGCUUAUUUUAUCAGGGAAUAUAACCCUCACACAUGUUAAAGGUUGCAUGUUUAAGUUUCAGCCAUAUGUAGGUAAAAAUCCAGCGUAUAUAUCACAACCCCUGUAUCCUGGGGAAAUCCGAAACGUGUCCUUCCUCUCCUCCAACACUGCCGUUAGUAGAUACGAUGUAUACCCAAACUGGUACCUCUCUAACGACACGCAUACCGCCGUCAUACAGAAUACCCAGGGUGAUGUCCCCUUUUUCGUCACUCCACAUAACACUUUUCUGAAAUGGAUGAGGAGCGUACCCACAGAUUUGUACGGAACUCCUCUUGGGCUGUGGAACAGAUACACUGGAUACAACUUUACAGCGGUCAACGCCACAAAAUAUUCCGUCAUCCCCACCCCUCUAGAACAACGAUUAAAACCCGGAAAGGUUACUGUUAACAACAUGUGGUCUAUAGACCGGGACCGGGACGGACGUCUGGCCGGUGUGGCGACCUAUCUCAAAAAAUCCAUCAGUGGAAUCAGCAUCAGGAACAAGAAACGUGGCAGCAAGGACGUCAUUCAACUGUAUGUUCGGAGAAAUAGGCCUGCCACUGAGAGUCCGGAGCGUUAUCUCAUUCGAGUGAAGACCAAACCCCCUAGGAUCGAGAUCGGCGGAAACACCGUUCAUGGAGUAUUCAACGGCAUCCAAACCCUCUUCAGUCUUCUGGCAUUCGACGGAACUGUCCAGGAGAUGGAAAUCAUGGACGAGCCACGAUUUCCGUACAGAGGAGUGAUGUUGGAUGUGGCGAGUAACUUCUUCCCCAAAUCCACGGUCAUCAAACUAUUGAAUGUAAUGGCGUUAUACAAGCUGAACAAGCUCCAGCUUAAGCUUGCAAACAACGAAGGCUGGCGUAUCGAGGUACCGGACAUUCCCGAGCUGGCACAGAUUGGAGGACGGCGCUGUCACGAUUUGAAUGAGACAACUUGUCUGUUCAGCCAGUAUGGCUCUGGACCUGAUAAUACGACUUUCGGUUCUGGAUUUUACUCUGAGAAAGAUUACAUGGACAUAUUAAAAGCCGCCAAAAGACGACACAUUGAAGUUAUUCCUUGGAUAAAUUUUGGUGGAAAAGCACGAGCCGCGAUCGUAUCUAUGAAAGCUUAUGAAAACAGAACAGGUGACGAAAGUAUGAGGAUUUUUGACCCGGCAGAUGACGUACAUUACAUGACAGAAGACCUAUACAGUGACGCCGUCAUCAAUCCGUGUAUACCAACGGUGGACGCCUUCUAUACCAAAAUCUUAAAAACCAUGAUCGGGUACCAUGCCAGGGCGAAAUCUCCACUGACAUUGAUCAAUGUUGGAGGACAUGAUGUCCCAGCCGCUACCAGGAUGAACUCCUCUUAUUGUAAUUCACUGAAUCUGACCGGACCGGACCCAUUUAUGUUCAUGAAGGUAAACUACACAACACGCCUGGCUAACAUAUCGUCCUCAUUUGGUGUAAACAUGGGAGGUGUCGAAGAUUUCUUUAGUGCAUGGCCAACCAACGACGAGAGAGGCGGAAUUCUCGUCCCGUUCAGUCGCACGCGUUUCCCUGGCAACAUCGACCUCUACCCUGUUUUGACCAACUCUUUUGAUCCAAUGACGUUCCAGAGAGCCCAGGUGAUGGCCAAUGUUGGCUAUAAGGUAAUACUGUCCCCUGCUGAUUAUGUGAGUUUGGACCACGCUCCUGAACCCGAUCCACAGAUUCCUGGGGCGUACUGGGCGAUACGCCACAUACAAGCCACAAGGGUGUUCAACUACCUGCCAGAUAAUCGCUGCUGCAACCUAAACCCUGACGAGUUUAGAUAUGGAAAGUUUACUCCCAACGGUUGCAUUGAUACGGAUGACUGUGUACCACUGGACUACCCGGGUAAUAUUACAGGUAUGCAAGCACAUAUUCUGACGUCCAAAAUUCGUAACGAGGAACACCUGUUUGGACUGAUGUUUCCACGGUUACUAGCCUUCGCCGAGCGCGCAUGGCACAAGGCAGAUUGGGAGUCCUCCUAUGUGGGACGUUUCAACAAAUCUAUGCCCUUUGUCCCGCCAAAUCUGAAGGCCCAGAACGAUGAUUGGGUCAGAUUCGCCAGCAUUGUCGGACACAAGGAACUGAGACGGCUGGAAGCUUAUGCAAUACUGCAUCGUAUACCGCCACCUGGUGUUCAUGUUGACCCCCAGUUCUAUGAUCCUUUUGACGCAAAGAACAAGAGUGUGAUAUUAACAGAUGUCCAGUAUCCAGGUCUCGUGCCACAAGUGUACGGAGCCAACAGUCAGUGGGCUGACCUCGGCCCAAUAACUGACAUCACUAACCUCACCAUCUCAACACUGACCUUCAGGACAAGAAAUGCUGCCGGAAACAGGUUCAGUGAAAUGGAAGGGUUGGAUCUCAAGGUUCCAAAUGCAUAUAUGGCUCAACUGAUUGCUAACGGUAUAAUGUACAAUCCGCGCCUAGUUUCCGGUAUGAGACGCGCUGGACCAGCAUCCACAUCAGCAUCCACAUCAAAGCCAACUACACCUGGUGUAACGCUAUCUCCUUCAACACGCAAAUCCUCAACAAAAUCUACAACGGGCUGACGUGAUACACAGAACUUUUACUUCCUUGGUUAAUCUAGUGUCUGUUAAUGUUUCUGCAAACUGGGUCGAGAUUGUCCGUAUUGUGUGGUCGUGUCCGCACCGCUAGUGAUGUCGCCCAGUGCUACACUAGCUACUCCUGUAAUCACGUGUCUUAGACACGACACUAUCAUGUUAUAAGUUUGUCGGUCAGGCUAUGGAGGAUGCAACUUCACAAGAACGUUUAUUGUAGGGUAUUCGGAAUGAGAUUCAUUUGUUUGGGUAAAUAUGAUAAAUGCUAAGUUGUUUUAUACACAAAUUGCAAUUAAAAACUAAAUCUGCGAGCUUUUGAACAUAUCUGUUUCUUUUUUCAAAUAAAGAAUGCACAUGAGCGGUGUCUCGAAUCCAAACCGCGGAAAGAAACUCGAAACAUUUCGCAAAAUAGCACUCUAAUAUUGCAGGCAGUCACAAUUAUUGGAAAUUUGUUUAUCCAUUUCUCAACUUAGUGGACAACUGGAAAGUAAGGAAAAUCAAAGAUCUAGACUUCAUAUGGGACAGGAGGAAAGAGGUGGAAUGAAUAAAUUCGGAUUAAGUUGUUUUCAGCGGUUUAGAGUCGAGACACCGGCCAUUUACACUCUUCGCUUGUCAAAGGAAACAGACGUUUUCGAACGCUCGCAAAAUAAGUUUUCAAUUACUGUUUGUGUUCAAAACAAAUUUGAAUUU